AUGGAUGUUCUGUUGGGGAAUACGGGGAAGAAGGCCGCGGCUGGCGGGUGGAGAAAAUCCGCGUCCACAUCAUCAGCUGGGCCAGCAGUAGCAGCAGUGGGGCAGGGGAGGGCGAGGGGAGCGCAGACGGCAGGGCAGGGAUGGGGGCAGGGGAUAGGGCAAGCGGCGGGGGAGAGUGCAGGGCAGGGGUUAGGCCAGGGAGUGAUGGGGGGAAGCAGCUGGGAGAGAAGGGUGGAGGCGCAGGGGGAAGCGAUGUACGGCGGGCUGGGCGCGGAGGACGACGAGGAUGGGGUGCUGGAGGCGUAUGCUGUGGAUGAUUUGGAGGAGCUGGAUGCGGUGGAAGGGGGUGAUGGUGCAUGGAUGGUGGAGAGCGCCUCGGAUGAGCGCAUUCCUCUCCACACUGCUGCUGCCGGUCGUUCCGACUGCUCCUCGCCUCUCAGAGGCGCCGCCCCUGGCGUCUCAGGUGGUGCCUCUCCUGCUUCUGGGUAUGGCGGCGGGGCGUAUGGGCAGCAGGAGCAGUACGGGCAGCAGGGGCAGUACGGGCAGCAGGGGCAGCAGGGGCAGUAUGGGCAGCAUGGGCACUCCAGCAGCAGCGGCAGUCUGGGGCAUGUGUCGCCUGGUCACGGGCAUAUGUCUCCUACCAUUGCGCGUCUCUCACCUGGUUCAGGUCAUGCCUCUCCCAGCAGGGGCCGUGCCAGUCCGGGUCAUGCAUCCCCUGGGCGGGGCUAUGCUGCUCUCGGCCCUCAAGACAGUGAUCCGCGCGACGGUGCACUGACUGGCUUGCCUGCUGCUGCUAUCGGUGCUGCUGAUUCUUCUGGGCCUGCUGGUGCUACUGCUGGUGCUGCUGCCGGUGCUGCUAGUGCUCGCUCGCCUGCGGCUGCUGGUCGUGGGGCGUAUGGGAGAAGCCAAGGGGUUGAGAACGGUGGAGGAGGGCGGAUGUCCGCGCAGGCAGGCGCGGAGCAGCAGAGCGGGGGAGAGCAUUCCGCAGGAAGGGUGGACGGGCGGGUGGGGGGAGCGGAACCGGCAAGGGCAAGCCUGGGCGGAGGAGUGGCGAGGGAGGCGGAGGAGGGCAAGCAGGAGGGCGGAGAGGGACGUGUGGGGAGUGGGCGGAGAGGGGAAGACGAUUUAGUGGCUGCCGCUGCUCUGGUUAGCGGAGCAGCGGGUGCUGGUGACGACAGGGAGAAUGAGGCGGGGACAGGAGGAGCAGGAGCAGCAGGAGGAGGAGAAGGAGCCGCAGUAGGGGAUUCAAGCGUUCUACCUUCUGCCGGUGGUUCCGGGGCUGGUGCUGAUGCCAGUGCUGGUGCAGGGGUUGCAGCAGCAGGGGCCGCGCCAGGUGCUAGUGCAGAGGCGCCUGGUAGGAAAGGUGCAGGCGGGAAUGGAAGAGGAGGAGGAGGUGGAGGCGGAGGGGGUAUUUCAGAGAUAGCACUGGCCCGGAACCUGAGUCUGCAGGUGAAGAAGGCAGAGCAGCAGGUCUCCCUGGACAGGAAUCUGUCUCUUCGCAACAUCAAGAAGCAGGGCAAGGACCUGGUACCAAAGCUGACCACUCUGCUCAAGAAGUCAGGUAUGUGUGGCAGGCUUGGUGCAGCAGGGGUGGGUGCAGCAGGGGUGGGUGCAGCAGGGGUGGGUGCAGCAGGGCUUGGUGCAGCAGGGCUUGGUGCAGCAGGGCUUGGUGCAGCAGGGCUGGGUGCAGCAGGGCUUGGUGCAGCAGGGCUGGGUGCAGCUGGGCUGGGUGCAGCAGGGCUUGGUUCAGCUGGGCUGGGUGCAGCUGGGCUGGCUAGCUCAGCAGGCGCGGGAAUAAGCUAUGCGGGCGCGGCAGGGCUGAGCGCAGCAGGCGCGGGGAUCAGCGCAGCGGGGGCGGGCAUCACUGCAGCGGGGGUGGGCAUCAGUGCAACGGUGGGGAAGAGACCGCCCAAACCCGGGCGGUCUGCGACUGAGAAGGAGCGCUCCAUGCCUUCGCUCUCCAUGCCCUCCAUGCCAAGGUCACUCACCCUCUCAAGGCACAAGGACGGGCCUGAACGGCCAGAGAAAACUUUUGGGGACCUACCCGCACCCAAGCGCACCCAUUUCCAGUACUCUGAGCUCCAGCUGGCGACGGGGAAUUUCGACGAGGCCAAUGUGCUGGGCCAGGGCGGCUUUGGGAAGGUGUACUACGGGGUGCUGCCCGUGCAGCCAGCGCAGGUGGUGGCGGUGAAGGUGCUGACAAGGGGCGGGUCGCAGGGCGAUGAGGAGUUCACGAUUGAGCUGGAGCUGCUCAGCCGACUGGAGCACAAACACCUGGUGAAGCUGUUUGGGUUCUGCAUGCGCUCGCAGCAGCGCCUGCUCGUCUACCAGUUCCUGCCCAACGGCUCCCUCACGGACCACAUGCACGGCAAGAAGAGGGAGGAGAACGGCCCACUGUCCUGGGAGAGGAGGCUGCGGAUAGCCGUGGGGUCGGCGAGGGGCCUGCAGUACCUCCACUCGCAGAGGCCCCAGAUUCUCCACCGCGACAUCAAGUCGUCAAAUAUCCUUCUCACCGACAACUUUGCUGCCAAGGUGGCGGACUUUGGGUGUGCGAAGCUGAUCAAGCAGACCAUCAAGGUGGAGGACCCAGUGACGGGGGAGCUGGUGGAGCGGCUCGGGGAGAGCGUGGAUGUGGCCAUGGGCACCCAUGGUCACAUGGCGCCUGAGAUUCUCAUGACUGGGGAGAUCAGCUCCGCUACUGACGUGUACAGCUUCGGAGUGGUCCUCUUUGAGCUCAUCACGGGCCGCGUCCCUGUCUUGCCCGAUGGCAUGCAGCUCGUGCACUGGGUGACUCCACUGUGUGAGCAGAAGCGGUGGGACGAGCUGAUCGACCCGGACGUCCUGGCAGCUCAAGCCGGCUCCACUCCCACCGGCCCUGCUGCCGUCGCUGCUGCCGCCGCCGCCGCUGCCGCUAUUGCUGCUGCUGGCGCUGCUGGUGCGGGUGGGAGUGGUGACUCUUCGAGUGCAGAGGUGGCCGGUACUUGCUCUGGGUCAAGCAGUGUCAGUGCCACGAGCAACAGCAGCAGCGGCAGUAGUAGCAGUAGCAACAGCACCACAACAACAACCACCUCCAGCAGCAGUGGUGGCAGCGGUGGCAGUGGGAGUGCGAGUGGCGGGAGGCAGAGGCCCAUCAGUGCGUCGCUGAUCCGCUUUGCAGAGCUGGCGCACUCGUGCAUCCUCUUUGACCCGCUCUCCCGCCCCUCCAUGGCGGAUGUUGCCCAUGCCCUCCAUGCCAUCUAUCUCGACAAAGACUACAGCUCGAUACCCUCUGCUGCUCAACAGAAGCGAUCCCAAUCCCAUUCCCAACACCAACACCAGAACCAGUCCCAAUCCCAGGGCCAAGCGGCCCAGUCCUCCUCCUCUCGCUCCUCCCCCACCGCCUCUGACGAUGACGGCAGCAACCGCGGGUCACACCAGAAAGGCUCUCAACACAACAGCCACAGCAACGGUGGCAGUAACUCGGGUGGCGGUGGGGUGUUACCGCCAAACGAAGGUGGGAGUCGAGAGGAGAAGCUCGAGUUGCAUCCUCGCUCUCCCGCCAUGGCAGCCGGCCAGAAAGCCGCCGAAGCGGCGCCGACCUCGCUAGAUUUCCCCCUGCAUCUAGACAUCGGUAGAGGACACACGGCCAAGUUCGAAGAGCACGACUACGCCGUUCUGACAAACCCUAUGCUAGAGACCUCGAUCCGGCACGCCGACCCGCAGACAGUGAAGGAGUGGCACCGCGACGAGGCGAUCCGCGUGCUGAAGUUUUUCCGGACCGCUGUUCUGGCCGAGCUGCGGCGCGAGGGUAGGAAAUGGGAGUGGGCGAAGCCGUCCGAAGACGAGGUGCAGGAGAGGCUCGCCGACUGCGACGAACCCCUUCGAGAUAAAAUUCCCGAUACCGUCCGGGACUCGGACGCGGGCUCCGGCCUGCUAGCAAUGAGCGCGUUGAUCUGGGUUGUGAGGCGGUUCCAGCGCCUGACCGGCGACCUCCGUCGCAUUGCCACCAGCAUGGACAAGCCCACCGUCUCGGGGUUGAAGGCGCUGCGGAACGAGAUGGUAGCCCUCAUCAAGAAGCAAGUCCCGCUCAUACGGUCGGGGAAAACCGUUGUUGCUGCCGACGCCUGUGACGACGACGGCGAGGAAGUCCAUUCUGCAUCCGUACCAGUAGGGGUCGCCCCGAACGUCGCUGAUGCGCGUGGCAAGUCGGGAGUCGGCGUCGACGAGGCCGAUGCGGCCGCAGGAAAGGGGGUGACCGGGACCGAGGUUGUUCACGGGGAUGAUGAUGGGGUCCAGGAUCGCGAGGAGGAACGUGAGGGUGAGGGGGGCUCGGAGGAGUCGUCGGGGUCGAUGUCGGGGUCGAGGUCGGGGUCGGGAUCGGGCUCGGAGUCGGAGUCGGAGGAGGAGCAGGAGCAGGAGACGCAGGAGCACGAGAGGCAGCACCAGGAGGAGCAGUUGGUAGAGGUGGAGGACGUGGAAAUGGCGGAGGGGUACGUUGUCGGAGGAGCGGAGGGGUACGUUGUCGGAGGAGCGGAGGAAACGGGUGGGAGAUCGGCGGAUGUCGAGAACGACGAAGGGGAGGGGAAGGGUGCGACAGCGAAUAUCGGCGAGGUCGGCGUGGAGGCGGCUCACGGAGGUGGUGGCAUGGUCGAGGUCGGUGAAGGGGAUAACGCCGCGGUCCCGGAGCAGAGGGGCGUGGAUGUGCAUACCGAUGCCACCGCGGAGAAGGCCGGCGGGGAGCGGUCUAGGAGGAAGAAGGCGGCGAGCGGUCAUCCCGGUUCCACCGCGGCUGGGCGGCAGGCGCGGCUGGACGUCGUCGAUCAGCUGAGGGCGGAGAACAGGCGAUUGCGUGCAGACAAUGCACUCCUUGAACGGCGGCUCGGUGAGCAGACGGGGCGGGUCGACAGCUUGGCGGCGGCAUUAGCUGGGCUCCUCGAGAAGUUGAAGGGUUUGACCGCCCAGGUCGCCGACACCGACCGGAAAUCGGAGGAGCGCCUCAAAGAGGCCACGUCGACCAUGGCGACCACAAUCACCGAGGGCCUCACCGACAACAUGGACAUCGCCAUUCAAUCGGCCAAGUCCUUCGCCGAGCUAGCGAGGCAGACGCUGCUGGAUCUUGACGACCCCAAGGGACGAGCGGCGGUCGCACGCGCGACCGCGGUGAAGACAGUGACCGAGCACGUGACGGCGGAGGUGGGCGAGGCGAGGAAGGGGUUGGAGGAGUCGUUCAUCAAAUACAUCGGCGCCGCGCAGACCAACAUUGCCGCCGCCGUCGCGCCCCGCCUAGUCCAGCCGCCGCCGCCUACCGGCCCAGCGCAGGCCUUGCCGGAAGAUUUCCUGAAGUCUUUCAAGGAGGACGUGCUGAAGGCGGUGACGGAGACCACGCAGCAGUCCUUCCUCGCCUCCGGACUGAAGAUAAUGGCCGAGGUCGUCGGCACGGUGGCGUAUGCUCAGCGUGGGUCGUCGCCGUCGGCAAACGACGCCGGCCAAGCGCAACCUACGGAGGGCUUGAAGCUGGGUCACAAGAGGCGGGGAGGCGGCGGGGGGGGCGACGGGGACAAUUCGGCGAACACGAAGCGGAGCAAGGGAGGCGGGGGGUCUGGCGGCGGGGGGGGGGACGGAGACGAUUCGGCGGGCGCGAGGCGGACCAAGGGAGCGGCUGGUUCUCGCGUCGCCGGCGAUGGGAGCAUGGGAGCCGGCGACGGCAGUUCGUUGAAGCAGUCGGGGAAGAGCGUGGUCGACAUCCUCAGGAAGCACUGGGCUCAGGUUGGAGCGGCCAGCACGGGCCAUGGUGGUGGGGGUCCCGCCGACGAGCAUGCCACUGAUGACGCACUGCCAAUGGCUCCGCCUUCGGUCGGCGUUAAGCCACCACGACAGGGUAGCGGUGUGAAAGGCCUGCGCGACAAGGAGAAGGCCGCCGCCAAAACGGCCCCAGGCGGGUCCGCGAAAGCUGGCCAGGGCCCGAAGACAGGGGUUGCGGAGGCGUCAGCGGUUCCUCACCAGUCUCCCGCGGGUGCACGCCAUCCGACCGGACCGUCUGCCGGGCGACCUACCGACGUCCCGCGCCAUGCCGACGUACCGUCUGCCGACAAGGUUGGCCGCGCGGGAAAAGGGGCGGCAGUUGCGGACGCGCUCAAGGAGCAGCUCAGGCUCCUAGCCGGCCACAGGGCUCGUCGACUGAGAGGACUCAGCAAGGCUUCUGGCUGUGGCUCUAAGCCGUCGUCGGCGAAUGUCGCACCACGCACCCAUGUGGCAGCUGAUGUGGAGAAGGCGGCGGAGAAGGGCGUUCGUGCCGCGCUUGCCACCGGCGGCGGCGCCGUUGAGGAGGUCCCCGCAGACGCUGAUAUCGCUGCCAUACAAGCCCAUCUGGAUGAAGCCAAUCCCCGAACCCUGGCCAUCUCCGACACGGAACAUGUGGAGCCUUCGGCGGGACUCGUCGGCAUCGCGGCAGAGCCUAGUGCGACCGGUGAUGCGGUCGGUGAGGGAAAGUCGAAACGGAAGGGGAAGGCGGGCUCACAGAGGAAGACGCGGGAGAAGUCGGAGGUGAAGGCGGCGGAUAAACAGAAGGGGAUGGCGGCGGAGACGGCGGCGGACAAAGAUCGAGGCGGCAUUGGGGAGGUUGAAGGGAAAGGGGAGAAUCAGAAGUCGCCCGGCGAGGGUACGUCGACGGGGAGGAAGGGGAAGGACAAGUCGGUCGGAGAAGGUGCGUCGACCGGGAGAAAGGGGAAGGAGAAGGCGGUCGGCGAGGGUUCCUCGAAGGGGAGAAAGGGAAAGAGGAAGGUGGAGGAGGAGGAUGAGGAUGUCGAGGAGGUGGAGGAGGUCGAGCAGGAGGAAGAGGAGGAGGAGGAGGAGGAGGAGGAGGAGGAGGAGGGGAAGGGCAAGGAGAGGAGGGGUCAUGGCAUCCGACACGAUACCUCGGGCGACAAGCAAGGGUGGGUCGGCGAGAUUAAGGUGCACGGCAUCAAUCGAUACAUCGGCAAGUCGCGGGACAAGAUGGAGCUCGCGUACGUUCACUCCAUCGCGUACGUCGUCUACGACGGUUUCGUGAGCAAGGUGCUCAUGACCGAGCUCACCGGCUUGGACAGCGCCGAAUUGGAGAGGUGGAAGGAGGUGUGGGAGGAGGUCAGGAUCUUGCCGACAGGGAUGUGGACGGUGAUGUGGGCCCGGGGUACGCUCCUUCCAAAGACACGGCUGACGGAGAUCCUCGACGCGUAUCGCCAUUACAAGUCCACAAGCGAUUGUCUCCACGCCGCGCUCCUGCCAGCGAUAUGGUACCCAGUCGAUGCUAGCACCGAGGAAGGCCGGGAGAAGUCGGCGUCCAUGAUGUCGGCGAUGAUAGGCCGCGUGUCAAUGUGCGCUGCAUAUGGGAAGACCGCUGCGGCAGCGGCGAAGAAGGAGGGAGACAAGGAGGAGAAGACGGAUAUGGCGGCAUGGGCGUUAGCAGCAUCCGCAUGCGCUGUGUGGUGCUUCGUCGAGAACGGCGAUGCCCAGCUGGCGGAUGCUGUGGAAGAAGGGAAGUCGGCGGCGAUCAUCGGCGGAGCGAGCCAGGCGACCGCCGAUGUAUUCGGAAAAGUCAUGGAGGCGGUGCUGAAAGCCGAGAUGAACAGGGACCGCCCCUUGGGAGAGGUUGCCUACAACGUCGCGCCAGCACUCCAGAGGACCGCCCUUGAUACGGUAUAUCCGGGGGGGAAUGCUGGAGUAGAUGCCGACGUUAUCGCUAGAGCGACGGUUGAGACGAUGGCGUUUUGGGGAAUGUGCCCCGUCGCCGGGCCGAAACUAAGAGCGAGGGACAUCGCGGUGCCGAUUGAUGCGCAGAUGAAGGCCGAUCUUGACAACAGGGGGAGGAAGGGUCUGAGGGGCAAGAAGGGGACGAAGACCAAGGGCGGCACGGAGAAGGUCAAGAAGUCGAAGAAGGACAGCACGACGGCCUAG